AUGAGGGUAGGUGCUGCAGUGGAAGUGGAGGUAGCUUGCCCACAUGAGGGACACAUGAGGGUAGGUGCUGCAAUGGAAGUGGAGGUAGCUUGCCCACAUGUGGGAUACAUGAGGGUAGGUGCUGCAGUGGAAGUGGAGGUAGCUUGCCCACAAAAGGGACACAUGAGGGUAGGUGCUGCAAUGGAAGUGGAGGUAGCUUGCCCACAUGAGGGACACAUGAGGGUAGGUGCUGCAAUGGAAGUGGAGGUAGCUUGCCCACAUGAGGGACACAUGAGGGUAGGUGCUGCAAUGGAAGUGGAGGUAGCUUGCCCACAUGUGGGAUACAUGAGGGUAGGUGCUGCAGUGGAAGUGGAGGUAGCUUGCCCACAUGUGGGAUACAUGAGGGUAGGUGCUGCAGUGGAAGUGGAGGUAGCUUGCCCACAUGUGGGGCACAUGAGGGUAGGUGCUGCAAUGGAAGAGGAGGUAGCUUGCCCACAUGAGGGACACAUGAGGGUAGGUGCUGCAGUGGAAGUGGAGGUAGCUUGCCCACAUGAGGGACACAUGAGGGUAGGUGCUGCAAUGGAAGUGGAGGUAGCUUGCCCACAUGAGGGACACAUGAGGGUAGGUGCUGCAGUGGAAGUGGAGGUAGCUUGCCCACAUGUGGGAUACAUGAGGGUAGAUGCUGCAGUGGAAGUGGAGGUAGCUUGCCCACAUGUGGGAUACAUGAGUGUAGGUGCUGCAAUGGAAGUGGAGGUAGCUUGCCCACAUGUGGGAUACAUGAGGGUAGAUGCUGCAGUGGAAGUGGAGGUAGCUUGCCCACAUGUGGGAUACAGGAGGGUAGGUGCUGCAAUGGAAGUGGAGGUAGCUUGCCCACAUGUGGGAUACAUGAGGGUAGGUGCUGCAAUGGAAGUGGAGGUAGCUUGCCCACAUGUGGGAUACAUGAGGGUAGGUGCUGCAGUGGAAGUGGAGGUAGCUUGCCCACAUGUGGGGCACAUGAGGGUAGGUGCUGCAAUGGAAGAGGAGGUAGCUUGCCCACAUGUGGAAUACAUGAGGGUAGAUGCUGCAGUGGAAGUGGAGGUAGCUUGCCCACAUGUGGGAUACAUGAGGGUAGGUGCUGCAAUGGAAGUGGAGGUAGCUUGCCCACAUGUGGGAUACAUGAGGGUAGGUGCUGCAAUGGAAGUGGAGGUAGCUUGCCCACAUGAGGGACACAUGAGGGUAGGUGCUGCAGUGGAAGUGGAGGUAGCUCGAGCCUUGCGCGCGGCGCGUUUCCUCUGAGCCUGUGCGGUGCGCCUGAUUUCUGCAGAAUAGUAGUUGACAGUGCUGGUGAUCCCACUGCUGUCUGUAAGGAGUUUGUAUAUUCUCUGUGAGUUUCCUUCAGGUGCUCCAGUUUCCUGCUACAUUACAAAGAUAAACAGGUUAGGCUUAGUAAGUUGUUGGCAUGCUAUAUUGGCUCUGGAAGCGUGGCAACACUUGUGGGCUGUCCAGUCUGAUCCUUGGUUGUGUUGUUCUUCAAUGCAUUUCACUGUUUCAAUGUUCAUGUGACAAAUAAAGCUAAUCUUUUUAUCUGCCAAAAUGGUCUCACGUCCUCUCUGUACCCUCCUAAUUUCUUUCUUUUAUUCCCCAAGGGAUUCUGUUGAUCCCAACUGCCUAUAGUUGACUUUUGCCUUCUACUUUCAUGACCAGAGCUUCAGUAUCUCUUGUCAUCCUCUAGUCCUGACAGCCUGAACUCUCCCCAUUUCACCUUCCACUUGCCAAUGUCCCUUAAUUCAUAAACAGCCUCUCACAACAACCUUUGCAAGGUCCCGUUUAACAUCAUCACAAUUUGACUUGCUCCACUUUAUCAUAAACUUAAUAGAACACUUUUUGUACCGACAAGGUAGUUCAAAGUGCUUUGCAAUAUGAUAAAGUGAACAUGAAAAUAAAAGGCAGAAAGUCAUUAGUUAAAAACAAGGUGAAAUAAAUAGGUUUUGAGCUGGUGUUUAAAAGUGUCAUCUGAGUCUGUGGUUGAAUGAUUCACAGUUCAAAGUAAGUUUCUUAACAAAGUAUAUAUAUAUAUAUAUAUAUAUAUGUCACCAUAUACAAUCCUGAGAUUCAUUUUCUUGCAGGCAUACACAAUAAGCCCAAUAACUAUAAUAGAAUGAAUGAAAAUCCACACCAACAGGGUGGAUAACCAGUGUACAAAAGUCUGUAGUUAUGGAAUCAUUUCAGAGUUGUGGAAGGUGAAGUAUUCCACACUGGUUCAAGAACUUGAUGGUUGAGGGGUAAUAACUGUUCCAGAACCUGGUGAUGUGGGUCCUGAGGUUCUUGUACCUCCUACCCAAUGGUAGUAGUAAGAAAUGAGCAUGGCUUCAAUGGUGGGGGCCCUUGAUGAUGGAUCCUGCUUUCUUGUGGCAGCGCUGUCUGUAAAUGUGGUCAGUGAUGAUGAGGCCUUUGUCUUUCCACAUCUACAGAAACCUUUGUGUUUGAAAGUGAUCACUUCAUCCUUCGUCCUUAUUUCUCAGCUGUGCUCACAUAACUUCACUGCAUGAUCUCUCAAGAAUAUCAAGUCCAAGUUCAAGUUCAGUUUCUUGUCAUUCAACCAUAUACAUUUACAGUGGUGCUAGAAUGUUUGUGAACGCUGUAGAAUUUUCUCUAUUUCUGCAUAAGUAUGACCUAAAAUGUGAUCAGAUCUUUAAGUACUAAAACUAGAUAAAGAGAACCCAAUUAAAUAAAUAACACAGGAACAUUAUACUUGUUCAUUUAUUUACUUGUUCAAUGUUAGACGUAUUUGUUGGAAAAAGUACGUGAACCUCUGAGAUAAUGGCUUCUACAAAGGCUAUUUAGAGUCAUGUGUUUAAAUAAAUGAGAUGAGAUUAGAGGUGUGGGUUGUAGAGAUGCCCUGCCCUAUAAAAAAGACACACAAAGUCAGGUUACUGACAUAGUCUGCUCUUCUCAAGAAAGAUCUGUUUAUGGGCACCUUGCUUCAAUGAAAACAACUUUCAGAGGAUCUUAGAAGAAUUGUAGAGGUGCAUGAAGAUGGAAAAGGCUACAAAAGCAAAUCCAAAGACCUGAGUGUUCAUCAGCCCACAGUAAGAGAAAUUAUCUACAAAUGGAGGAAACUCGGUACUGUUGCUACUCUCCCUAGGAGUGGGCAUCCUGUUAAGAUCACACUAGGAGCACAAUGUGCAAUGCUGAGUGAGGUGAAAAAGAACCCGAGGGUAACAGCAAAAGACCUGCAAAAAUCAAGAACUUGCUAAAGUCUCUGUUCAUGCCUCCACUAUAAGAAAAACACCAAACAAGAAUAGUGUUCAUGGAAGGACACCACAGAGGAAACCACUGCUCUCCAAGAAAAGACAUUGCUACAUGUAUUGAGUUUGCAAAAGUCUGCCUCAAUGUUCUGCAGUGCUUCUGAGACUAUGUUCUGUGGGCAUUUGGCUAAAAAGCCACCUCCAGCAUCUGAGAAGAAAUGAUUUCUCACCAAGGUGGGAUUGCACAAUUUUCUUGAUGGAUUUUUCAAGAGUUUCUAUCUAAAAAAAAAAUCAAGAUCAUUUCCAGUGCACUUAUUCUGGAUACGAUGCAACACAAAAAUCACAAUAAGAUGAAGAACACAGUACUAUAAACGUACCAGGUAGCUUAUAUUCAUAGAUUGAUUGUAUGUCCAUAAGGUGAUGCUAUGCACAGGACUGUCUGUACAUAAGGAAGUUAUAAAAUAAUGGUGUUUGGGAGUGUGGAAGGUGGGUUAGUGGGUGGAGGUGUUGAUCAGCCUUACUGCUUGGGGAAAGUAACUUUUUGAGUCUGGUGGUCCUGGUGUGGAUGUAACGUAGAGUGGGACAGGGUGGGAGAGAUCUUUCAUAAUGUUACUGGCCCUUUACCGGUAUCAUUCUGUAAAAAUGCCCUUGAUAGCAGGUAGGCUGGUGCUGGUGAUGCGUUGAGAAGGGCUUCCAGCAGCUUUUGCAAAGUCAGGAUGACCCAAAUAUUUCACAGCUGAUUAAAUACUUGUGGUGCAGUCAAAAAUGCAAUGUACAGAGCAUAGCAGGCAAUUUGAGCUUGAAGUUUCCCUUAACUCUGUUUGAAUAAUCUGAACUGCUGAUCUUGGUUAGCAGGUAAAUAUGACUCAGAAGAAACUCCCUCUGUGUGUUUUUUAUACCUCUCUCUUUCUCCAGCUCCCCUCUACCAUCCCCUUUUCUGCCUCACUUUAUUGUGUCCCUUCUCUUGGACUGUGUAAUGGAACAUAGCACAAUGCCCACGAAGAGGUGCUGACCUUUUAACCUACACUAACUUUACUUUUCAACUGACCCCUCCCGUUUUUUGUCAUUCAUGUGCCUUUCUAAGAAUUUCUUAAAUGUCCCUAAUGUGUCCGACAAGCUGGAGGAACUCAGCAGGUCGGGCAGCAUCCAUGGAAACGAGCAGUUAACGUUUUGGGCCGAGACCCUUCGUCAGGACAGAGUUGUCAUUCAUCAUAGAGCUGAGUUCGGGUCUUGGCUCGAGAGGUUGACUGCUUGGUUCUACGGAUGCUGCCGGACCUGCUGAGUUCCACCAGCUUGUUGUACGUGUUGCUUUGCAUCUGCAGUGUACUUUGUGUGUCCCUAAUGUGUCUGCCUCUCAUCUGAAGACAGGAGCAGAAUUAGGCCGUUGGGCCCAUCAAGUCUGUUCCACCAUUCCAUCAUGGCUGAUUUAUUAUCCCUCUCAACCCCAUUCUCCUGCCUUCACCCUGUAACCUCUGAUUCCCUGACUAAUCGAGAACCUAUCAACCUCUGCUUUAAAUAAACCCAAUGACUUGGCCUCUACAACUGUCUGUGGCAAUGAAGUCCAGAAAUUCACCACUGCCUGGCUAAAGAAGUUCAUCCUCAUCUCUAUUCUAAAUGGGUGUCCCUCUAUUCUGAGGUUGUGUCCUCUGAUCCUGGUCUAUACUUUCUAUGUCCACUCUAUCUUGUCUCUUCAAUAUUUGAUAAGGUUCAAUGAGGUACCCAUCAUUCUUCUAAACUUCAGCGAGUAUGGGCCCAGAGCCUUGGAAUAUGCCUUGUAUGUUAACUUUUCUAUUACCAGAAUCAUUCUUGUGAACCUAACACCAUCCCGUCAGAGUAUUUCAUGCACCCACCACUCUAUGCACAGAAUUUACCUCUGACCUUCCUCCAAUCACCAGAAUUAUGCCCCCUCAUAUUAGCCAUUUCCACCCUGGGAAAAAGUCUCUGAUUAUCCAUUCGAUCUCUGCCUCUUAUCAACUUGUACACUUCCAUCAAGUCACCUCUCAUCCUCCACUCUGAGCUCAUUCAACCUCUCAUCAUAAGACAUGCUCUCUAAUCAACUUAGCACCCUUGUAAAUCUGUUCUGCACCCUCUGUAAAGUUUUCACAUCUUUCCUUUUAUGAGGCAACCAGAUCUGGACAUAAUAUUCUGAGAGUAGUCUAACCUGGGUUUUAUAGAGCUGCAACAUUACCUCAUGGCUUUUGAACUCAGUUCCCUGAAUAAUGACAGCCAACACACAUUCUUAAUGUUUCCUUAACUACUCUAUCAACUUGUGUAGUAACUUCAAGGGAUAUUUGGACAUGAACCCCAAGAUCCCUCUGUUCCUCCACACUGCAAAGAAUCCUGCAAUUAAUCCUGUAUUUUACUUUCAAAUUUGACCUUCCAAAGUGAAUCACUUUACAUUUAUCCAGGUUGAAGAAUGCAUCCCUGUAUGGUACGGAAACUGCACUGGUGGACAGGAAGACUCUACAGCAAGUAGUCAAAAUGGCUCAAUGUAUCAUCAGCUUACCCACCAUCAAGGACUUAUAUGCAGAAAGGUACCAGAAAAAGGCCAAUAACAUCAUGAAGGAUUCCACCCACCCUGUUUAUGGACUGUUUGUUCCACCCAAUCCACGCUAGGAUCACCAGACUGAAAAACAGUUACUUUACCCAAGCAGUAAGACUGAGCAACACCUCCACCUGCUAACUCCACCAACUACUUUAUUAUUUUCCAUCAGUCACCUUGUGUACAGUCUAGCAUCACUUUAUGGACAUAUAUGUAAUCUAUUUUAUGUAUUUAUACUUACUGUGUUUUUUUAUUAUUGCGUGCUUUAUCUUACUGAGUUUUUUGUGCUGGAUCGGAUCCAGAGUAACAAUUAUUUUGUUUCCCUUUACACUUGUGUACAGGAAAUGACAUUAACCAAUCUCGAAUCUUGAUCAAUGUGUCCCUCCUCGGUCCAGCGGCUGGUGCAGCAUUUCCUCUAUACCCAUAAUGCACUGGAGCAUCCUCCGGCAAUUCACACUGCGUAUCUGUGGGUAAUAGUGGCUCCGCUGCCUAUCAGCUUUGUAAUGUCACAAGCCCAUUAUGUUACAACAAUUGAAAGGGUUAUUUAUGACCUUGAUUAAGGGAAAUGUGAAUGUUCUUCUGUUAAUGCCACAGUCCUAUCAGUAAAUUACAUUGAGGAAGAUGGCAACAGCCGCAGUUAAAGACUGAUUUUAGCAUCACCAAAUUCUGGUUUGAGUACUGCUCCCUGUUGCUCUCUGUGGAUGUGGAAUAUUGAGUUCAUCUUUCUCACUCUGAUCUCUGACUUACACCUGGUGCUGCUCUUUAUUGAUUUUUCACUCCAGUUGUUUGCAAGUUGUUAACUCUGUCCAGACCCAAUCAAAAUCAGAGUCAAGCUUAGUAUUACUGACACAUGUUGUGAAAUGUGUUGUUUUGUGGUAACAGUACAUUGCAAUGCAUAAUAAAAAACUAUAGAUUACACAAAACAAAAAUAUGUAUAAAACUAAAUAAGUAGUACGCAAAGAGAACAAAACAUAAGAAAUAGUGAGUUAGUGUUCAUGGGUUCAUUGUUCAUUUAGAAUCUGCUGGUGGAGGAGUUCCUAAGUCAUUGAGUGUGUGCUCCUGCACCUCCUUGAUGGUAGCAAUGAAAAGAGGCCAUGUCCUGGGGGAUGGGGAUCCUUUAUGAUAGAUGCCACCUUUUUGAGGCAUUGCCUUUUAAAGAUGUCCUCGAUGUUGGAGAGGCAAGUGCUCUUGAUGGACCUUUUUCUGGACAAUGUCAGUUAGGAUUAUAGAUAGAUACUUUAUUGAUCCCAAAGGAAAUUGCAGUGUCACAGUAGCAUUACAAGUGCACAGAUAUAAAUAUUAGAAGAGAAGUAGAAAGAAUAGAAAAUAAGUCACGACAAACAGUCAAAUGGGGGGGGGGGGGGGUGGUGAAGUGGGGUCAUCACUUCCCCAGCUAUAGAUUGACUCAUUAUAGUGUCUGAUGGCUGAGGGUAAGAAUGGCCUCGUAUUGCGCUCUUUGGAGCAGCGCAAUUGUCUUAGUCUAUUACUGAAAGUGCUCCUCUGUUUGGCCAAGGCGGCAGGCAGCGGGUGAGAAACACUGUCCAGAAUUGCCAGGAUUUUCCGUAGGGUCUUUUCUUCUAGCACUCCAGUGUGUCCAGUUUGACUCCUAUAACAGAGCAGCCUUUCUAAUCAUGUUAAUGAGAGACCUGCAUACUCCAAAGGACCUCAGUCUCCUCAGGAGGUAGAGGCCACUCUGGUCUUUCUUGUACAUAGCCUCUGUGUUGAUGCUCCACUCAUCUGUCACCCAGUUACUUGUCAGUCCUCACCAUUAACAGUAACAGGGAACAGUACAGGCUUAGUCUUUCUGAAGUCCAUCACCAUCUCCUUUGUCUUACUAAUGUUGAGCUGCAGAUGAUUCAGCUUGCACCAUUUGGCCAAGUCCUCCACCAGGGCCUGUAUUCAUCCUCCCGUCCUCCCUUUAUAAACCCAACAAUUGCUGAUUCAUCAAAGAAUUUCUUCGGAUGACAUGACUCCGUGUUAUAUCUAAAAUCUGAGGUAUACAGGAUAAACAGGAAGGGAGCCAAUACAGUCCCCUCUGGGGCCCCAGUGCUGUUUAUAGCCAUGCCUGACACACAACUCUGAAGCCACAAAAGCUGUGGUCUGCCAGUCAGGUAGUCCAUUAUCCAGGAUACAAUGGAAGUGCCAAUCUUAAUUGAACAGAGCUUUUCCUCCACAAUGACGGCUAUAUGGUAUUGAAGGCACUUGAGAAAUCAAAAAACACGAUCCUCACAGUGCUGCCCUGCUAAUUCAGCAGGUAGAUGGCAGCAUCAUCGACUCCAGUGUGCUCCCGGUAGGCAAACUGCAGGGAAUUGAGGGCUAAUCUGACCAGGGGUUGGAGGUGAGCCAGGACCAGCCCCUCUAAGGUCUUCAUGAUGUGUGAGGUCAGGGCUCUGAAUGGUAGUCAUUAACAAGAGAAAAUCUGCAGAUGCUAGAAAUCCAAGCAACACACACAAAAUGCUGGAGGAACUCAGCAGGCCAGGCGGCAUCUAUGGAAAGCAGUACAGUCAACUUUUCGGGCCGAGACCCUUCAGACCAGACAUGAUGUUUUCCACACAGUCGAGACCCUUUCCAGGCUGAGACUCAGGUUGAGAAUGUGCCGGAGAACUGCUCAGCACACUCCUUCAGGACCUCGGGGCUCACACCGUCCAGUCCCAAUGCUUUGCCAGGUCUGAGUUUCCCCAGAGCCCUUCACCUGCUCAGUAGUGAAGGCGAGUCCAUCGUGACUGGCGAGUUUGUGGUAAGUCAGGGCUGGGAAAGUGAAGAUCAGAAUGAUAGCAAUUGAUAUGUGGAGGUGGGUAUGGUAAGUACAGGGCAAAGAAGGAACGUGGAUAGUGGUGGUCUGUGUUCUUCAUCCAUGUGUUGAACUGGAGCAGGGAGGAAGGAAGAGGGGAGGCAUUGGGUCCCUCAGCUAGACUGGUGUGCUGAUGGUGC